CCACAGUCCACACUAAAGUUUGUUCUCAAUAGUUGAGUCCGGAGGCUUUAGCGGGUGCAUAUUGCCAUAAUUUAUUGAAAAAGUGGACAAAGUAAAAAAUCAAUCUUAUAGAAAUUUAACCCAAACAAGUGGACAUAUUACAGAUGGACUUUGUGACCAAUCUAGCUCGACUAUAGAAAACCAAUCAGAUCUUCCCAGCUGAUUACUUUGACAAAAAAAAAAGGACCAUAUUCCCUGCCUGUCCCUGAAGGCAAAUAUAAAUGAGAAAAGCUAAAGAGAGCUUCUAACUUUUAAUCCUCCACUCCAUAAACAGAGCCCUCACUACUUAGCCGCCAUGUACAAAAUCAAACCCCAUAACCGACCCUCACCCUCAUCAUUCUACAGGGAUAAAUCUUGGUUUAUCGCCGGGUUAGUCGUUGUAUUAGUUAUUUUCUGUGUUAUUUGGUCAUUCGGAGAAUCCUUCUCCGGCUUCUCAAACUUCAUACCAACAGAUUGCUCGGCCGACAGAUCACACUUCGUUGACCGGGAAAAUGAACCUCGGGACACAACCUUUUACGAUGAUCCAGAGAUUACUUACACUUUAGAAAAACCCAUCAAGGAUUGGGACGCCAAGCGGAAGGAGUGGCUGAGAUUACACCCAACAUUCAUCCCGGGUGCCCAAAACCGUAUACUCCUCCUCACAGGAUCUCAGCCGUGGCCAUGCAAGAAUCCCUCCGGCGACCAUUUGCUGCUGAGAUGCUUCAAGAACAAAGUGGAUUAUGCCAGAAUCCACGGCUACGAGAUCUUCUACGCCAACGCCUUCCUCAACCCAAAGAUGAAGUCUUAUUGGGCCAAGAUCCCUUUGGUUCGGGCAGCCAUGCUGGCCCAUCCAGAGUCCGAAUGGAUCAUGUGGGUUGACUCCGACGCAAUCUUCACCGACAUGGAUUUCAAGGUACCGCUCAAGAGGUACAAGCACCAUAACUUCGUGGUCCACGGCUGGCCGGAUCUGAUUUACGAGAAGAAGAGCUGGGUCGCCGUGAAUGCAGGGAUUUUCCUAAUUAGGAACUGCCAAUGGUCCAUGGAAUUCCUAGAUGUCUGGGGAAGCAUGGGACCCGCGAGCCCGGAUUACAAGCAGUGGGGUCAAACACUUCGGUCAACUUUCAAGGACAAGAUGUUCCCGGAAUCGGACGAUCAAUCCGCCUUGGUUUAUUUGCUUCUGAAAGAAAAGAAGAAAUGGGGCCACAUGAUGUACGUGGAGAAUGAAUACUCUUUGCAUGGGUACUGGGUCGGAGUCAUGGGAAAACUCGAUGAUAUAACCGGAAGGUACGAGAAAAUCGAGAAGAAGACGGUGAAAUUAAGGAGGAGACACGCGGAGGUAGUCAGCGAGAGCUACGGUAAGCUGUGGGAGAAGCAUUUGGAGGACGCCGGAGACCGGAAAGGUGGGUGGCGGCGGCCGUUUAUUACCCACUUCACGGGGUGUCAGCCGUGCAGUGGGAAGUACAAUCCGGCUUACAAGGGGGACGAUUGCUGGGUUGGUAUGGAAAGGGCUCUGAAUUUCGCUGACAAUCAGGUUCUUCGGAGUUUUGGAUUCCGGCAUCCGGAUUUGAGAAACGGGUCAGUUUCACCCUUGGCGUUUGAUUUCCCCGGAGCUGAUCAGCCUGAUGAAAAUGAAGCGGAGGGAUUAGUUUGAACAUUGAAUCAUAUCGAUAGUCGUCACAGUUACAUAAAUGUUAUUUCGAUUUAGUUUAUCAUGUUAUUAAAUUCAUGCUACUUGAACAGUUUCAAUUGUAUGAAAUUGCACUGAGAAACAAAGGAAAAAAAGAAACAAAAAUGAUUCAGCUUCUUUUACACUUUGCAAUUUGCAUUAUUUGCUAUAACUGAUUAAUUCAUUCAUGACCCAAAAAAAGAAGUUUAUUUCCGCUUCUCUGAUUAAUGUAAUCCUUCAAUGAAAAUAGAUUGAUUGUUAACAUUGACAUAUAUGCAGGUUUCUUGCAAACUUUGGCCUUUUAGUUUCAUUCUUGGACGACUUUUCUGGCAAAAUGUCGGCAGGCAAUCCCAUUUUUCCUGUGACUAAU